AUGGCAACAGAGAUGGAGCUCCCUGGUUUCAGGUUCCACCCAACCGAGGAGGAGCUGCUUGAUUUCUACCUCAAGAACAUGGUUUACGGUAAGAGAUGGAAAGUCGAAGUCAUUGGUUUCCUCAACAUCUAUCGUCAUGAUCCAUGGGACUUGCCUCGUUUAUCGAAAAUCGGUGAGAGAGAGUGGUACUUCUUUGUGCCAAGGGAAAGGAAGCAUGGCAACGGAGGGAGACCAAGCAGGACAACUGAGAAAGGUUAUUGGAAAGCAACAGGAUCCGACCGUAAAAUCAUAAGCAUGUCUGAGCCAAAACGUCUGAUUGGGCUCAAGAAGACCCUUGUGUUCUACAGAGGAAGAGCACCUGGAGGAAUCAAGACUGAUUGGGUCAUGAACGAGUUCCGGUUGCCUGAUAAUUGCACCUUACCAAAGGACGUUGUGCUGUGUAAGAUUUAUAGAAAAGCCACUUCACUGAAAGUAUUAGAGCAAAGAGCAGAGAUGGAAGCUAAGAUGAAUAAUCAAACAACCCCAAACUCUCCUCUCUCGUCUUCCGAGACUAUUUCUUUCGUUGGGAAAGAAGAAGACUUGAUGAUGACGACAACUUCGUUCCCUUAUCCUCAAACGGUAGUAGCCAUGAAAGAAGCAAACGAGAUCUUGAUGCUUCAGGAGCAAACCGAAAACGCAAAGAAAGAGAGAGAAGCAGAGAGAAAAGAAGCUUCUUCAGCACUGAAGCGGCCGUGUGGAAUCUCACCACUACCAGAGCUGCAAGUACCUAAACCAGGACUCGAGUGGGGAUCAGACCAGUGGCUAAGUAUAAGCCCUUGGCUGCAGAACCUUACACCAAUAAUUAACCUAUAA